AUGAUUCAAAAAAUGAGUCCAAGUCUAAGGAGGCCAUCUACAAGGUCUAGUUCAGGUUCAAGCAAUAUCCCACAAUCACCCUCAGUACGAUCAACUUCAUCGUUUUCUAACGUGAGGAAAAWCUCAAUUCGCAAUGCGUCCAAUUCAGGUUCACAAUCAGUUUCUGCAUCCUCCACAAGAAGCAGUUCGCCAUUAAGGUCUGUAUCUGCUAAGUCUGAUCCCUUUCUUCAUCCAGGUAAGAUAAGGGUCAGAAGAAGCAAUAGCACUAACAAUUGCUUGAGAAAAAAUGACACAUAUACAGGUUCAAUCACUGUAACUAUUCGGCCCAAACCGCGGAGCACCGUGGCAUCACACGACAGCGUGGGGCUUAAAUCGCCUAGAUAUUCUCAACCAAGACCCAAUCCACAAAGCGGCGGAAAUACAUUUAUUAGAGAUCCUUGGUUUAUCACUAAUGAUAAGACAAUAAUACACGAGGAGAUCGGAGAAUUCGAGUUUGACCAUGUUUUUGCCUCUCAUUGCACCAACUUAGAAGUUUACGAAAGGACCAGCAAACCAAUGAUUGAUAAGCUAUUGGUAGGGUUCAAUGCUACGAUUUUUGCAUAUGGUAUGACUGGAUCAGGUAAAACGUUUACAAUGAGCGGGAAUGAGCAUGAAUUAGGUUUAAUUCCUUUAUCCGUUUCAUAUUUAUUUAGCAAUGUAAUGGAACUUUCAAUGAAUGGCGAUAAGAAAUUCGAUGUUAUUAUAUCAUACCUUGAGAUUUAMAAUGAAAGAAUUUACGAUUUAUUAGAGAGUGGAUUAGAGGAGUCCAUUAGUAGGCCAAGCACGCCUUCAAGACUGUACAUGGGUAAGGGAAAUAGUAAUGGAUUAAGUGCUGAGUUGAAGAUUAGAGACGACACCCAAUACGGGGUGAAAGUUAUUGGCCUCACUGAAAGAAGAUGUGAAAGCAGCGAAGAGUUACUAAGAUGGAUUGCUAUUGGUGACAAAAGUAGGAAAAUUGGGGAAACUGAUUACAAUGCAAGAAGCUCCCGAUCUCAUGCUAUCGUCUUAAUUCGUUUAACGAGUACAGAUUUGAAUAGCGGUACAUCAAGGUCAAGUACGUUAUCGUUGUGUGACCUCGCAGGUUCAGAAAGAGCCACGGGACAGCAAGAGAGAAGGAAGGAGGGAUCCUUUAUCAAUAAAUCGUUACUUGCACUGGGGACAGUGAUAUCCAAACUUAGCGCUGAUAAAAUAAAUCCAACAGGCCCAAACAUACUCACGACACCGACGAGUACCGGCAGCAAUAGUACUGGAACCGCCACUAGUAAUAAUAAUAUUCCAAACAACCACAUUCCAUAUAGAGACUCCAAAUUGACGCGUUUGUUGCAACCAGCACUCAGCGGGGAUAGCAUAGUGACGACGAUAUGUACAGUGGAUACCAGAAAUGACGCGGCGGCAGAAACUAUCAAUACGUUGAGGUUCGCAUCGAGAGCAAAAAACGUCGCAUUACAUGUAUCCAAAAAAUCCAUCAUAAACAACGGAAAUAAUGACGGAGAUAAAGACCGCACUAUUGAGAUGCUAAGACGUCAAUUGGAAGACCAACGCCGGCUGAUAUCUGAUUUGAAAGGCCGCUCAAGUCCAGGUGAGGGCUCAAGUCACUUCUCGAGUGACGGCAACAUCAAGAGCAAUGGGGCCGUCGAUCCAAAUUUGGCGCUAAUGAGAGCGGAAAACCGGAUAUUGAAAUAUAAACUGGAGAACUGCGAAAAACUGCUGGAUAAAGAUGUGGUCGACCUGCAAGAUUCUGAGAUCAUAGAGAUUGUAGAGAUGUUACCAUUCGAGGUCGGCACUCUACUAGAAACGAAAUUCCAAGGACUUGAAUCACAAAUAAGACAGUAUAGAAAGUACACUCAAAAACUCGAGGACAAGAUUAUGACGCUGGAGAAACCCGGGCACACCGCAACGUCGCUAACCGGUUGCGGCGACACUGAAGUCACGGAACUGCGGAAGAUGCUCGAAAGGAAGGACAAGAUGAUUGAGGCCCUGCAAAGUGCCAAACGAUUACGAGACAGAGCCUUGAAACCGCUCACUAAUGCACACCAAACCUCGCACCCUAUUGUAAGAAACGAUAAAUUGACUUGA